AUGAGUUUGAUGCCCAGUGAUGAAAUUGCCUUAUUAAAUGAUGGCCGGUAUAAAAAUUUUAUUGGCACAUUAGAAAAAGUGCUCAAACAAUUUGAAUAUUCAUCCGAAUGGGCUGAUCUUAUAACCAAUCUAGUCAAAGUGAAAAAAGCGAUAGAAAGUUAUCCCAAAUUUCAAUCCAUCCCCAAACGCAUCACACUAUCCAAACGUCUUGCGCAAUGUCUGCAUCCAGCACUACCGUCUGGUGUUCAUUUGAAAACACUCGAAGUGUACGAAACAAUAUUUCGAAUGAUCGGAAAACGCAAUUUACAACGAGACAUUAUUCUUUAUUCGUGUGGUCUCUUUCCAUUAUUACCAGCUGCUGCACUACCUGUCAAACCCGUUCUAUUAAACUUAUAUGAGACAUAUAUUCUUCCGUUAGAUGAAGCCCUCAAUCCCAUAUUGACUGGAUUCUUUCUCGGAUUGUUUCCAGCAUUAGAAGAAGGCGCGGAUUAUCACGACAGAAUCUAUGCCUUACUCGAUAAUCUCUCCAAUCGAAUUGAUAAAUUCUACUAUUACACUUGUAUUUGGUCAGCAAUACAUUUAGUCGCAUCAGCACGUCAUUCAGCGUUGACAUUCAUAUUAAAUCAUUUCGAUAAACGAAAAAGUAUGGAAGAUCAACUUUAUCUAAUGGGCUCUUCUGUUGAAACGAUGGUAUCCGCUGUAUGUACAUGUCUUCAAGAUCGUGAUCAACCAUUAGUUCAACGUUCUAUUCUUGAUUUCCUUCUUGUUUGUUUACCAAUGCACAAUAAACAAUUGACCAAAAUCGAUAUGAUGAAAAUCAUUACUGUGACUUUACAAAUUGUGUUAAAACGUGAUAUGUCACUGAAUCGUCGAAUCUAUGCUUGGUUUCUUGGUACUGAACAAAGUCCAGCUGAUAGCACAAGUAAACAGCAUCAACAACAGCAAAAUAACGAUAUUCAUGCCUCGUCAACAUCAUUAGCUGUAACCAAUGAUCCAUUCGAUUCGUCCUCCUAUUUUAUUCAAUAUACUCAAGAACUUCUAAUUCAAUCUAUACUACAUGCACUUGAAAUCAUUUCAUCGAAUACAAUGCUAUUAGUGAAAUCGAAACCAACUACGCCUAACGAGAACAAGACGUUGAUUGCAACUAUUGCUGAGUCAAUGCCAUCGACAUGGACAUUGACGAACUUAAUUCGCGUACUCACUAUUCUAGUUGAUAAGCCUGAUGUGGGUCCAAACAUCCUCGAAUCUGUCCUAAUGAGUUACUUAUCAAUUGUUUAUCAGCAAGUUUAUUUACCAGCGAAACAAUUAACCACAGCUAAUAUCCAACAAGAAAAUACACGUCCGGAAACUUUGAAUACUUUAAAUGUGCUUUUGGAUACUUUUCAGCCGUAUUUCAUCUGGGAAUUUCUCACGAAAAUCUUCGAUAUUAUCGUUACGGACCAACAUGAUCAGUUGAUGAUCACUGCAGGAAUAUCCAUUGAACAACUAUGUGGAAUAAUCAACAUGCUGCUCGAUAUUGCUUCACUGGAAUCAUCGACAGAUAUUCAAUCGGAACAUUUACCUGAAAUGCUCUAUCGUCUUAUAAAAACCAUGAACAAUAAUAUUAGCAAAUUCACCGCUGACCAGAUAACGUUAUGUAUGGAAAUUCUCUUGAAAAUUCUCAAGAAAGUCGUGCCCAAUGAAACCACUCAUCGGUUGUCAAUCUUUCGUCGUUCGACCAGUGAUGAUCUCAUAUCCGUUUGUGAACAAAGACCAACGAUAAGUGAACUUCCGUUCGAAGACACGACUAGUGAAAGCGAGAGUGAAGACGACAACGUUUCGAGAUUUGAUACCGAAAAUGAAUACUCAACUGACAUUAAUAAUAAAUUAACUCGUACAAAUAGCAUUGGUCAAUUACAGAAUCCAAUGCAAACAACUGACCAAGAAUGUACACAAGAAGUGGAACGUCUUCUCCGUCACAUGGUUCGAAGAGUUGAAAAGCAGAUUUACAAACUGAAUAACGAAGUCAAGAAGUCUGUCGAUGAGAAACCAGCGGUAUUAACGAAAACGAUAUUACGAUCGAUGAGUCAUUUAGAGAAAUCCAUUACGUUAUAUAAGAUCUUUUUUCAUCGGUUUAUUAUUACGUUUUUAAUCGAUGCAAAUCACAUAUCAAUGAAUGAAAAGUUUCAAAAUAUUUACUCCAUCACACAAAAGAAAACCAACGAAAACAUUCGAGCACUCUUCAAUCAUUAUCAACAACAAGAUGAAUUUCAAUUAAAACUGCACGAGAAUGCUGAUUAUUAUAAACGUGCGUUUGAUGAUUGUUGCAAACUACUCAUAGAAUUCUGUUGCUUCCCGAGACAAUCAUCGAUCACUGAUCAAUCCAAAUUAUCGAAAGGUAAAAAUGAAUUCGAUGAUUGGUCAAUUGAUCUCUGUGUGUUAUCGGUUUGUGAAAGUGAUCAUUUUUUCAUUCAAAGCAUUGCGAUAUCUGUCCUUAUUGAACUAUUCGGCUAUACCUUAUGUCUUUGUAAUCCGAAAACUUCAGAUAAUUCGGCUGAUAUAUCAAACGGAACAAGUUUGAAACUUCCUGAUAAUGUUUCUAUCAUUCCAUCAUUCAACCAAGAACAAGUUUCCUUGCUCAUCAACGAAACACUCUUCUUUCAGCACAUAACUGCGUAUCUAUGGGAACAUCUAAGCGAUAAAUACGAACGACACUACAAUUUGAAAGCAUCAAGAAUCUUAUCAAUGCUUCAUUCGAUGUUACCGAAUUGUGAUUGUGAAGAUCUCAUUUGUAAUCAACUAUCGUCGACGCAUAUCCAACAAUACGAACAUGAGUUGAUUCUUAUCGAUGCUUAUAGACGAUUCUUUAAAUUGUGGAAUUCAACGCGAGAUAUAUCCAUUGUUACUUAUGGACAUUUAACGAAGACAUUCGAACGUUGUUUACUUAUUGUUAUAAGUAUUUUAAAUGAAUCGAACAAUCAUUGUUUAAAAUCAAUCGUACAACAAUGGACAUACGAUUGUUUUGUUCACAGAGAUAUGUAUCGAAUAUUUGAUAUUAUUCUUAUUAUGUUAUUAAAUCCGGACACGGCACGGAUUAGUGUGCAGAAAUUGCAUCCAACUGCUCAUCGAGAAUAUUUUGUGAAUCGACCACUCGAUCAAGUCUCAGCGAAUACGAACUACCAACCUCAAGAGAGUAGUGUUAGCAAUGAUACAGAUGACAUGAGUGUUGGAGAUAUCAAUGAAAUCACAUUUUCUGUACUGCUGGAUGAUGAUGCUGAAGAGAAUGACGAUGAAGAUGAAGAUGAAGAAGAUGAGAAUUAUGAUAAUGACGAUGAUGGCGAACAGGAAGAAAGUGACGAAGAAAAACGAAUUUGUGCAAUAAGUUGUACUGAUACCGGUGAAAUGGUCUACCAUUUGAAACAAUCAUCACCUCAACCAAUGAAAUCGAGUUCGAUGAAACCGCCAACGACAUUGAGCCUUUCUCAACCUAGUCUUUCCAACAGUCGGUCCGUCUCACCAACAAUUUCGACAUCAUCCAGAACUGUCAAACGGCGUGCACCCACAAUGCCCACAGUCUUCAGUCGAAAUAAUAGUGGAAUUGAAUGCAACAGUCCAAAAGGUAGUUCUAGUAAUAUCCCACGUAUGUAUGCAUCACUUCAUGAAGAAACCUCAACUGAAACUGAUUCAUUGAAUGACACACAACUUAUUAACACAACAAUAAAUAAUAAUCUCAAUUCUCGUCGUCCGCAUUCGGUUGGUCCAAUUCCACAUGCUGUCACGAUCGAUGGCAUUUCGGAGCAAUCGUCCAGUCCAGUUAAAUCUUUGAAUGAAUCGCAAUCAAUUCCUGUCAAUACUAAAAAACUCGAUGCGAUCGAUCGCUCGAAAAAACUCGACUUUCAUCUUGCGUAUUUUCUACUCUACAGUCAACCUUAUGAUUACAAUCGUGUUACAUUCGCUUUGAACAUUAUCGAAAGUUUAAUCGAUCUCAUUCCUCAACAAUUAAUUCACACAUUGCUAAUCACAACAAAUAUCCAAACCUCGCCGAUCAAUAUGCACAAUACACGUCUACAUGAACUUUCACUGAGACAUCGUCGGGCUAUCGAAGGAAAAAAUUUCUAUUCUUCAUUAGAAAACGCAUCUGUUAAUCAACAUCAAUCUUAUUUAUAUACAUUGAUUAACAUACUUUUGAUCUAUACUCGUAGUUAUUACUCGAAGUCAUUCGAACAUCGAUUGAAUAUGCACGAUAUGCAAGGAAAUCGUAAAGUUCACAUACGUUCAUUAACAUUGUUAAAACGUAUCUGUCAUGAUCUGUCGAUUAUAUGUAUGGAAAAUUUUCAUACGAAUCUGCAAUUGAUUAAUUACAUCUAUGAUUUAUUUCAAAAACUGUCCUUUCAGAAGACGGUUUUACAUUUGUUCAAUACGAUUAUUGAGAAGAUAAAUCACAAAACGCGACUUAGCCGAAGUAAAACCUUGACGAAAGCGAUCUAUGAUUAUAAUGUUGAAUCAAUCUAUGACGAAUUAACUCGACAAUAUUUGAGAGAAUUGGUUGGAUUAAUUGAAGAAAUGAUUCUGUUAGAAAACAUUCUUCAAUACUAUCAACAUCGACAUGAUUUGACUUCUAAUCAAACGCCAAUUCAUGCUUCAGCGACAUCAAAUAGUGUUCAAUUCAAAUCGAAUGACUAUUCUAAUUUAUCCUUAUUUCAAUUUCGACAGCAACCCGAUUUAGAUUUCAUUAGUUUAAUUACCAAAAAUACUCAAGUAAACACAUCGACGAAUUCAUUACGAUAUAUCGAAAACCAGCCCAUUGUGAACCAGAGUCUUUUUCUUUCGUCAAUAUUGCAAUAUUUGAAACAAAUUGAUUUCAUUGAAAAUCAUCGACAUAUCAUUGGUUUAGUCGUACGGAUUUUACCACAUUGUGGUUCAUCGUUGAAAUCAAUUAGCAGUUUGGUUAUUGAGCAAAUCUGUCGAAAUUUAUGUUUCGUUGUUCAAGCUCACAAUCAACAACAAGGAACUAAGAUCAAAUUCAAACAACUGCCAUACUUUGAUGUGAUGGAGUACAUCGUACAUUUAAUUCAACGUUUGUCUUACAUAUGCAACUAUUGUAUUCAUGGCAAUUCGAUUACGUACGGACAAUUCUCAGCUCAAACAGUCUGUCCACAACAUUGGAUGAAAACAAUCACCAUCAACGAACGUGAUCUCUCCGAUGCGCGGCAAUUAAUACUUAAUCAACUUCCAUCGAUUCUUUCGAGCAUACUAUUCGUUUGGAAAACGAUAUCUGAACCAUUUCUAUUCGAUCAUACGAUCGAUCAAACAAUCUUAACAUCUCUGCCAGUUCAUCAAACCACGAAUCACCUUUGGCCGAUUCACAAUGCUCGACAUAUUCGUCAAACCAUACUGGACUUUCUUUCGUCAUUAACCAAAUCGAAUGGAGUGUCAUUCAUCAGCGCAGUAGCUCAAUGUUGGGGCGAACGAAAACGACAGCAACGAACAUUACAGAAGACUCCAGCAACCACUGAAUCAACACUUGAUCGAUCAUCACGAACAACAAUCUUAACAAUGCCAAGAGAUAACAUCGGUGAAACGCAAGCUCUGAUCGAUAUUGUUAUGAAUAUUAGUGGAUAUACACUUAACGAUAUGAUACCCCAUAUGAAUGAGUUAAUACGAACUCAAUUGAGCGCAAGAGACAAGAAAAAACAAAACUAUGAUGUCUGGUGUCUUCAAUUCCUCUUAGCAUAUUUACAAUAUCAAAAGAAGCUCUCGGUAGAUUGCUGGUCGACAUUAGUGCUUAUGUUCAAAGAGUGUUUAUCACAAUCGAUCUCUCCACCUGCGAUAUUCUUAAUGAUCAGAAUUCUAAGUUUUUACAUCAAACAAUCGCCGUCUCUCGUCGAACGAAAGGAUCUCAGAGAUUUACAAGACAUUACCAUGAAAGUUCUGGAUAAUUGUAAUACCAUCGUUGCUUCGUCACUUGAACAAACCACUUGGUUACGAAAGAAUUUACAAGUUCGUGUUGCACAACCUGAUACGCAAUCGGUGAAAAGCGGUUUAACUACAACUCAAACAGUAUCAUCUAGUCUAAUUGCCACAAACGAAAGUGGACCGAUCCUCGGUGACGAUCCAGCUGAUUUUGAUGUACGUGAAAAAUUGCUGUCCGUAGUUGAUCUAUUCGACAAAUUUUCUGCUAAAAUCGCCCCGUAUACUAUUUCGAACGCGGCACAGAGAGUUACCACACAAUCUAUCAAUACCACAGAUCAUAAUACCAGUGGAAAUUACAGUCUACUUGCGCUCUCUGUCCUUGCUGAGCAUGCAGCAACUUUACUUGAUAUUGUCUACAAUCGAACCGACGAAAAAGAUCGUGUUGUUCUCCCGUAUUUACAAAAUCUCGUUACUAACGUAAUGCCAUACGUACGCACACAUGUCGCAGCCAAUGCGCCUUCGUACCGGUCGGCAUCUGCUCUCCUAAUGAAUAUUUCUCAAUAUUCCUAUACACGCAAAGCCUGGAAAAAGGAAGCGUUUGAGCAAUUAUUCGAUGUCGCAUUCUUUCAAUUAGACAUCUCGGCAUUACAUUCAUGGAAAACGAUUGUCGACAACAUGAUCACUAAUGAACGCCCGACAUCAUUCCGAGAUGUAAUGACGAAAAUCAAUACGGUUCAAACGGGUUUAUUUGUAUCAAAGGAACAUGAAUAUGAACAACGUGCGAUGUUAGUCAAACGAUUUGCGUUUGUUAUUUAUGCAUCAGAAAAGGAUCAAUACAAUCGACAAUUACCUGAAAUUCUCGAACGUAUUGCUGAUUUGUUGAAGUUACCACAAGUCCCGAUUUUACACACGCAAAUGUUUCUGUUUCUUCGAGUGUUAUUACUGAGAAUUUCAACGAAAAAUCUAAUUUCCUUAUGGCCUAUCUUAAUGGCCGAACUGAUUCAAGUUUUGCUACAACUUGAACAAGAUCUUUUAUCAGAUUUAGAAGGUGAAACAAAAUCUCAUGUUCAACGAAUGGUAAACAAUGAGUUGGCUACAACCAAUGUUACAAGUGCUAGUCCUGCUUUAAAAAUGUAUCUAUACGCCUGUAAAUUACUCGACGUUCUUUUAGCAAUGCCUUAUUCGGAAUUACAUCACUUUCAACUAUUUCGUUCUGCAUUUGUCACUGACGAAGAUACAACUGAUCGCAAGUCGCCUGUCGAUACAUUUAUCGCUUUUUCUAUUCGUUUAAACAAACUUCUCGAAAGAAAACUACAAUCAAUGUCAACUUCGAUACGUGAUCGUCUUCCAACCAUCAAAAGUUCCACUCGUCCACUCCUCCGCCUACGUACAAUAACACAUAUUGUUGAAUUAUAUCCAUUUUUCAAUUGUUUGACACGUAUACAUACGUACGAUCAUCAUCAUUAUCAACAUUCGGUUUCAAGAAAUUCUCAUCCAUUAAACAAACAACUUUCGUUGUCGAAAAGUAAAGAUUCGUCGAAAAAGAAGAAUAAAUCGAUGAAUCAUACGUCGUCUUAUCGAAAAUCGGAUUCGUCGUCGGCGAAUUCGAUAAAGGAAGACACAAUGAGCGAGAUCGAGACAAGUGUAUUAGAAGAUUUCGUUGAAUAUUGGAUAUAA